CGCACCAACGCCGGCCCCGACGCCCAACUUUAGCAGCAUGUCGUGCAUGGAGGUCGGGAGCCAGGGCAUGCGGGUGUACUGGCAACCGAUCACCGGUACUGACACGACAAUCACACUGGGUAUGUCUGUGCCGUCGAGCACGGGCUGGGUCGGCAUGGGCUUUGUACCGUCGUCGACGUCGAUGGCAAACGGCGACUUUGCGUUUGCGUACGUGGACGGUGCAACGCCAUACCUUCUGGACACACACCGCGGGGCCGGAUCCGGUCCUGUGGCCGUGGACACUGUCGGUGACUACACAGGUACGACAGUGAUGAAUUUUGGCGGUGUGCUGCAGGCGCAGUUUACACGUGCGCUUGUGACCGGCGAUAGCCAGGACCGCGACAUUGUGGCCGGCCCGAAUCUGGUUGCGUGGGCGUUUAACUCUGCAGCGACGCCGUCGAACCCGCCGACCGGUAGCGACUACCACACGGCGCGGGGAACAGAGAUGAUCGACUUUACUGCUGUGAUGUCGUGCAGCGGCGGAACGAGUGGCGGAACGAGUGGCGGGACGAGCGGCGGCACGACGGGUGGAGAGCCCACGCCUCCGCCUACUCCGAGCCCGCCUCCACCGAGCCCGCCUCCCACACCCGCGCCGACACCUGCGCCGACACCUGCGCCUACUCCUGCGCCCACCCCUGGUACCAUUCUUUCUGGCCUGUCGUGCAUGGAGGUCGGCAGCCAUGGCAUGCGCGUGUACUGGCAGCAGAUCACCGGCGCGAGCUCGGAGAUCAUGCUUGGGCUCUCGGUGCCGACUGACGUCGGCUGGGUCGGCAUGGGCUUUGUACCGUCGUCGACGUCGAUGGCAAACGGCGACUUUGCGUUUGCGUACGUGGAUGGUGCAACGCCGUACCUUCUGGACACACAUCGUGGGGCCGGAUCUGGUCCUGUUGCCGUGGAUACUGUCAACGACUUGACGGAUGUGACGGUGAUGAACUUUGGCGGUGUGCUGCAGGCGCGCUUCACACGGGCGCUUGUGACCGGGGAUGGACAGGACCGCGACAUUGUGGCCGGCCCGAAUCUGGUUGCGUGGGCGUUCAACUCUGCAGCGACGCCGUCGAACCCGCCGACCGGUAGCGACUACCACACGGCGCGCGGAACUGUGACGAUCGACUUUACGGCUACAUCGUCAUGCGCAGCGACGCCCGCGCCAACGCCCGCGCCAGUUCCGACUCCGGCCCCGACUCCGGUCCCGACCCCGCCCCCGACCCCGGCCCCCACUCCGGCCCCGACCCCGGCCCCCACUCCGGUCCCCACUCCGGUCCCGACCCCGCCCCCGACUCCGGCUCCGACCCCCAGCUUCAGCACCAUGUCGUGCAUCGACGUCGGCACUCACGGCAUGCGUGUUUACUGGCAGCCGAUCACCUCUUCCGACACCCUCAUCACUUUGGGUAUGUCGGUUCCGGCGAAUACCGGCUGGAUUGGGCUCGGCUUUGUCCCCUCAUCAACCUCGAUGGCGAAUGGCGACUUUGCGUUUGCGUACGUGGACGGUGCAACGCCGUACCUUCUGGACACACAUCGCGGGGCCGGAUCUGGUCCUGUGGCCGUGGAUACUGUCAACGACUUGACGGAUGUGACGGUGAUGAACUUUGGCGGCGUGCUACAGGCGCGUUUCACACGGGCGCUUGUGACUGGCGAUAGCCAGGACCGCGACAUUGUGGCCGGCCCGAAUCUGGUUGCGUGGGCGUUCAACUCUGCAGCAACGCCGUCGAACCCGCCGACCGGCAGCGACUACCACACCGCACGCGGAACGACUAUUAUCGACUUUACCGCAGUGGUCUCAUGCAGUGGGACGCCUUCGCCGACGCCGGCCCCGACGCCUGGUCCAACACCGGCACCUCAUACCUGCGCCGGCACUGCUGUCAUCAACUCGGGUACGUCAGGCACCAUCAUGAUGCCGGCUCCGUACUCGAGCUCGACGUACUACAGUUCGAACCUUGACUGCUCGUGGCUGUUUGGCUUCCCACCAUCUACCGCUAUUGCGCUCACGGCGACCGAGUUCAACACCGAACUCAACCACGACUUCCUCACCCUCUCGACUGGCGAUGCCUACUCUGGCACUACGCUGCCGUCGCUGCCGACUAUCCCUGGUGACGGAAGCCUGCGGUUCACCUCAGACACCGAUGUCGCCGGCCACGGCUUUGUCGUUCACUGGAUGAUAACCACACCGGCCCCCACACCCAUGCCGACGCCUGCACCGACACCGAUGCCAACGCCCGCCCCGGCGCCGCCGGAAACUGUUCCUUGCGCUGGCACUACCAUCGUGCCGUCCGGCUCGACAGGCACCAUAUCCAUGCCCUCACCGUACUCGUCGACUGGAUCCUACACGCCAAACCUGGACUGCACCUGGCAGUUUGCUUUCCCGCCGUCGACUACCAUCACGCUCACAGCGACCGAGUUUGAUACCGAGGCCGGCCGCGAUGUCCUCACCCUUUCCACCGGCGACUCGUUCUCUGGCAGCACCCUGCCGACACUCCCGUCACUCCCGGGCGAUGCCAGCUUCCGGUUCAUCUCGGACGCCAGCGGUCAGGGAUCUGGUUUUGUCAUCGACUGGGUGGCAACUCCGGCCACGCCUGCGCCGACGCCCAUGCCGACGCCUGCGCCGACGCCUGCGCCGACGCCCUCGCCAACGCCCGCGCCAACCCCGGUGCCACCGGCCACGCCUACCGCACUGCCGGUCACUGUCGAUGGCCUUGUGGAUGACUGGACUGGAUUCCAGCUGCCGUUCCAGCUGCACUACAUCGAAGAUCCCGAGGACGACGGUCGUCUCUCGCAGCUGCCGCUCGAGUACUCAGUUCCAAUCGAUGAGCCGAGCACCGACUUUGACAUUCUGCGCUACGUGUCGUCGCCAGAAGUCGAGGCUACUGCCGCAGCUGUCUCGGUGCGUGGUCCCAUCCGCCGUGGCGGAACGUCGACCACUCAUCAUGCCAUAUACUUUGCGCCCAAGGCACCGACGCUCCCGUCGGCAGGCAUGGAGAUUGUGCCUGACACCUAUGCCGUUGCCAUGAUCUACAACGGUGUUGGUUAUCUGUACUCGGGCCUGGAUCUCUCGAACGACUGGGCCUGGGCGCGAAUUGACCCCGACCUCUACUCGCAUACCGUCCGCGACGACAUCACCGAAGUCUUGCUCCAGCACGAGGCUUUUGCCUCGCUCUUGCCGACCAACACCGAGAUGGAGGUCCAUGCCGAGCUGCGCACCGACUCGAGUACCCUCGGAGACCUCUCCGACGACGUAGUCGACUACGUUCCUGACCGCAAUGCCCCGCUGCCGCGCGCACCGCCGCCGCCGGGCAACCCGUCGGACACAGGCUCGACCCCACGUCUUGCGCUCGACAUAGACGGCAUUGAUGCCGAAUGGUCCGCCCUCGUCGCCACUCCGUCGUUACCAAACAUGGUUGUCUCUGUCAUCCCCGACACCGAGAAUGACGGCAUUGACGCUGGCACCGUUGCCUCGCGGAACCAGCUUCCGGCCGAGAACGACUAUCGCGAGAUGAUCCUUGCCAUCGACGACUUCACGGUCGCGCUGUUUGCGGUUACCCACGCUGCUACGGGCGUGCCACACACGCCAACCACCCACCAUCGCAUUUACUUUGUUACGGAUGCCCCACGCGCCGGUUACACCCUGCGCCAGGGCGAGGUGGCCGUCGCCAUGAUCGACGAUGGCAUUGGCUAUGUCUACAAGGGCACUGGCAUCUCAUCGACGAGGACUUGGACGCCGCUUCCAUACCCGUCAGCCCUCUACGGCGCGGUCGAAAACGGCAACGCCGUCGAAGCCUUUAUGGUCACCCGCGUUUGGGCCCAUCUUGUCGAGAACGACGCCGUUGUCACGCCUGUCCUCAUGCUCAUCGAUGCUGCUACCGACGUUGUAGACAUUGUUCCCAACCGCGCUGCAGGUGCUCCCGACGCACCGCCGCCGCCGCCGACCGUCACCGCCACGAGCGGGACGGGGGCAGGCUCGCCUCCGCCGCCGCCCGACACAGGUUCGGCGACUGCCACCGGCGUCGCCGCAGUCUCGACUGGUGGCGCGAACUCGGGGAGCGAUGAUUCGAUCUUCUCGAUCUCGUCGUCCAACAUUUGGGGUCUUCUUCUCUUCCUCCUGUCACUUCUUUGCUGCUGCUGCCUCCUUCUCCUGCUCCUUCUCCUCUGUCUCCGCCGUCGGCGCGAAGAGAACGUGAGCCGGACCGAGGAGCACCACAUCCACAUCGAGAACUCGCGCCGCUCGCAUCGCUCAUCACAUCUGUCGUCGGCCAAGUCGGCAGACUCUCAACUGAGCACACCGCGGCGUGUGCCGCCGCAACCGCCGCGGACACCCGCUGCACUUGCCGCGCCGCAGACGGCCGCGGCACCGUUGCCCAUCACCUCGUCGCCGCCGCCGCCAUCGUCCUCGUCGCUGCCGUCCGACCUGUACUCGAGCUACUACUCGAGCGACAUCUCCGACAUUCCCGCCACGGCCUCUCCAGGCAAGUUCCAGAAGACCGUGGUUACCAAGACCGUGACCCGACGGGUCGCACCGAGCGUCUCUGCCGACGGCGAGGUGGUGCCGGGCAAGUCGUACACGGUGGUGACUCGGUCGACGUCUCCGGAUGGCGCAGGCCGAAGCACGACGCGCUCCAAGGCGUCUAUUAAGGACUCGAUGUCAGACUCGGCUAUCAGUGACCAAGACAAUGACAGCGUCCGAGACGUGCCAGUGCAGACCCGCUCGCGCUCACGCUCGCGUCCGGCUGCCACCCAGACAACCUCGCUCGAGUGGAGCCCGAACUCCUCAAUCGCGGCCAUGUCGCUCCAGGACGGCCGCAGCGAUCCCGAGGCUGCUGCUGCCGCUGCCGCUGCCGCGCGGUCUCGGUCACGGUCGCGGCCACCGCUGGCGCUGCACGAGCGGGAGCUCCUCGCGGCCAUAUCGGAGAACGCCCACCGCGAUGUGGCAGUGUCGAUGGACGACGACGGGUUUGACGAUCCAUGGGCGCCGGCCCACUCGCUCCCACCUCGCCCGUCUCGCUCGCACAAGACACCCGCACACCCGCACACACACUCUCGGUCGCGAUCGCGGUCUCGGUCGCAGUCGCGGCCAUCGUCACUGAAGCCGAAACGGUCGCGCCGGCGGCGGUCGCGGACACCCGCAGCGGACCGCCCUCUCUACGACGGAGAGCCGCUCGAGCUUGUCUCACCGGAAGAUCUCCCGCUUCGCUCGUCGUCGCGCAGCCGAUCACGCUCGCGGCCACGGUCGAGCUCACGUUCGCGGUCUCCGAACAAGAAGCCCCAUGCCUUCUACGUCGGCCCAUUCUACAAAUUCUCAUCAUCGAGUGUCUCUGAUGACGAGUACUGGUCCGACUCGCAGUAAAGUGGCGAAAUCCAA